UCUCCGAAGCAUCUGAAACUUUUUACGGUCCUUGGUGCAUAAAUUGCGGAUCUCUAGCACCGGAAAUUUGCUAAAAUCCGCGGUCAAGCUAUGACUAGUGCCGGUGGCGCUCCGUUUGACGACGAUGAAGACGAUUGGUUCAGCAAGGAUAUCGACGACUUUGUGGUCGAUGUGAAAAAGGAUCCCUCGGCUGAUCAACAUCAGCAGGAUGUUGAUGCGACCGCAAGCAAGCUACUGGAAUCGCUUAGGACCAAUCCGAAACAGUUUUUCGAUGACGCCAGCGGAAAUUACUUCGAUCCGUUUGUCGCUGCCACUGCAGGUGUAUCACAAGCGAAGUUCCACCUGCCGGAAGAGAAGAACGGUUACGUACAGAAGAUUCCGUUCUCGAAACUGCUGAAUUUGUCGGAGAAUGACAAUCGGGAGCUCCUAUUGGAUAUCUACAGCCAGAAAGAACAGUUUAUCAAGACGAUAACCCAAGAGAACUGCGGCGACGAGCUGAUGUUGGUGUCGAUGAAGAUCUUGAACAAGAUAGCCGCUUUACCGUUGUUCGAGAUUAAUGAGGAACUGUUUUUGGUGCUGGCCAAGGAUAGGAAUUUCUGGAACAAUUUGAUCAAGUUUUUCAAAAGAAGCACCAAUCAAAUGGAAGCAAGGAAGAAGAAAAGUAAGGGCAAGGUACAGGGUGUAAACGUAGUGGAUAUGCUUGGCGCGGUCGGGAAAGUUAUUGGGAACGUAAGGAAGAUUCUCGGCGAGCGAAAGCGGGUCAAUAGCUUCUUGGAGGAGCUUACCGUGGUGUUGACGAAAGCUAGCGUAAAAUUGGAUGCACUUGGACUGGGAGCAUCCGUUUCGGGUAAUAGUGUGAAGAACUUGAGUAUUUACCCAACUCUGGAGGAACUGCAAGGAUCGGCAAGCAAUCUCAAGCCAAACAUUGUGAGUGGGAAAUUUCCCUCCGUGGACCACUAUCUGGAGGUACAUCUGAGUCUUCUAAAGGAAGACUUUAUGACUCCACUUCGGGAUGGCAUUCAAGGGUUAAUAGCGCACAGCAAGAGUUCGACACCGGAUAAGCCCUAUUGCGGUGAUAAUAUCCGGGUCCAUCAGUGUGUCAAGUUGCUGCUUCCGGGAAGUGUGAACCGCCGUUCAGCCAAGGAGGAACUCGUGAUCGUCGAUUUGGAUCCAGAAGGACGUGUCACCGGAGGCAAGUCGAUGCGAUUUAGUAAGUGGGGUCAGCAAAAUUCCAAGCGAUUGAUGCACGGUUCGAUGGUUUGCUUCACAUCCGGUACGCAGUUUGACGAUCUGAUUGUGGCCAUCAUCAGUCAUCGCGAUAGUGAUCAGCUCUCCAAUGGUUACAUCUGCGUGGAAAUCAUCAAGGUGGAAAAUAUGAAAGACAUUUUCAACCGGGAAUUGUUGAUGAUUGAAAGUGAGAUAUUUUUCGAGCCGUACCAUCACGUGUAUAACGUGAUGAGGAACCUGAAGACAGACACGUUCCCUAUGAAGUCGUACAUUGUCGAUACACAAUCACAGCACCAGUACCCGGAUUAUAUCUCACGGGACCGCAAAGCCUUGUUUAGUCACAAGGGGCAGCUGUACAAUAUCAAAGUUCCAAGCGACUGGCCGGAGAGUGGAAGUCCGAUUGGGUUGGAUCCUUCACAGUACAAAGCGUUCAAGCUAGCAUUGACGCACAAGUUUGCUCUGAUUCAGGGCCCGGCAGGAACGGGCAAAACCUUUAUUGGACAUGAGAUUGUUCAAGCGCUGUUGGCCAACACGGAACACCAGAUCCUGUUGAUUUGUCUGACUAACCAUGCCUUGGACCAGUUUCUCAGUGGAGUGCUGAGGUUCAGCACCAGUAUAGUCCGUAUGGGAAGCCAGUCUAAACAUGCCCUGCUGGAUAGUUAUAACGUGAAGCAGCUGAACGAGGAUGUACUGAUCGACAAGCGACUGAGAACGUGCUACUACAACACCAAGCAGGAGUAUCUUAAACAGAUGGAGGAGUUCGAAAAGCUGCAGAAGGAAGGCAGCAGUGAGGAGAUUGUAAAGUGUUUGAAUCAACUCCAGCAAUCGUCGCGCCGAAUUCACGAGCUGAACCAGCUCUCCAACUAUGAAUUCGUCAAGAAUAUCCGCGUAGUCGGUAUGACAACGACUUUCGCUGCUCGUAAUCACACCCUUCUGCAGCUCCUUAAAUCUCCAAUCGUUCUGAUCGAAGAGGCAGCCGAAGUCCUGGAAUCGCACAUCGUUGCCUCGCUUACUCCGUGGACGGAGCACUGCAUCCUGAUCGGUGAUCACUUCCAACUUCGACCGACUACCAGCGUGUAUGCCCUAUCCAAGCAGUACAAGAUGGACAUCUCGCUGUUUGAACGAAUGAUCAACAAUCAGGUUAAUUCGGUGUGUCUCGACGUACAGCACCGGAUGCGCCCGGAAUUUGCCGAUUUGAUUCGACCGGUCAUCUACCGGGAGCUGACGGAUAGCGAUUCGGUCCGAGGUCGCCCGAAAGUGAAAGGGAUGAGGCAGAAUAUGUUCUUCUUCACGCACACCGUUCCGGAGGAUGGCGCGCGGGGUGAUGAAAAGUCCAAGAAGAACAGCUUCGAAUGCAAGUUUCUGCUGGGGUUGUGUGAAUAUCUCGUCGCACAGGGAUAUCGACCAGAGGAGAUCGUCAUACUGACGGCGUAUAGCGGUCAGAUGCUCCACUUGGUUCAGGAACGGAAAGGCCACGAAAAGCUUCACGGAAUUCGUAUCACCGUGGUGGACAACUAUCAGGGCGAGGAAGCCAAGAUCAUUUUGCUGUCGCUGGUUCGUAGCAGCGAGGCCGGAUCGAUCGGUUUCCUGGCGUUCCGCAAUCGGAUCUGCGUGGCUUUGUCUCGGGCGCAGGACGGUCUCUACAUGGUAGGCAACAUGGAUUUGCUGGCACGUUGCAGCAAGGUUUGGAAGAGUAUUAAGCAAAGACUGACGGAACAUUCGGCGAUUGGGGACACGCUGGAACUGAUGUGCGAGAAGCACUUGAAUCUUACUGAGAUCAAUCAACCGGAAGAAUUCGAAAAGGUCAGCUUCGGUGGCUGCCAGGACAUGUGUCGCGUGGUAAUGGAGUGCGGUCAUCCGUGCGAUAGCUUCUGCCACGGAACCAUGUAUCCUCACCGGAAAUGUCUGUGCAACCAGGAAGAGUUUACCGGUUACUACGGAUCCUGAACAAUCCCGACGGGGAACCAGCUGGAUCUUAAUCUAAAAUAUUAACAUAAAUCCGAUAUUUACAUUUCAGAGAUGCACAUAAGUAGAAUCAUGGAACACAUUUGAACAGGUACCUAUAAUCUAGACAGAUUUUUCAACCCAAACCCCUUGCAAUCAAAAGUAGGUCAACAAACUACCUAUUUUAAGAAAAUCAGUUAAUCAUCCCUACC